GCUCGCUGUGCGCAGGCGCGGAGUUCUGCCUCCAACAACAAGAAGCAGGAGCCAGGCAAGAUGGCCGACCUGGGGAAAAAGUACUGCGUUAACUGCCUUGCAGACGUUACCAACCUGCGGCUUCGCUGCACCGACUGCCCCGAUAUCGAGCUGUGUCCGGAGUGUUUCUCCGCGGGCGCAGAAAUCGGCAACCACCGGAGAUGGCACGGAUACCAGCAGGUCGACGGCGGUCGGUUCUCUCUCUGGGGUCCCGAGGCGGAGGGAGGAUGGACCAGCAGGGAAGAGCAGUCGCUGCUCGAUGCUAUCGAGCAGUACGGAUUUGGAAACUGGGAGGACAUGGCCGCUCACGUCGGCGCAUCCCGAACUCCUCAGGAAGUCAUGGAGCAUUACGUCACCAUGUACAUCCACGGAAACCUGGGUAAGGCCUGCAUCCCUGACAGUAUUCCAAACCGGGUCACUGACCACACCUGUCCAAGCGGCGGCCCGCUGUCGCCCAGCCUCACCACGCCGCUGCCCCCGCUGGACAUCAGCCUGGCUGAGCAGCAGCAGCUGGGCUACAUGCCGCUACGUGACGACUACGAGAUCGAGUAUGACCAGGACGCUGAAAAGCUCAUCAGCGGGCUGUCGGUCAACUACGACGACGAGGAUGUGGAAAUCGAGAUGAAACGCGCCCACGUCGACAUGUACGUACGCAAGCUCAGAGAACGGCAGCGACGUAAGAACAUCGCUCGGGACUACAGCCUGGUGCCUGCAUUCCUGGGCCGAGACAAGAAAGACAAGGAGAAGGAGAAACCGGGGAUGCUGGGAGUUGUAGGCGCUGCUGGGGGUGUGGUUGGAGCAGGAGCUGGAGGUGGAAUAAUUGGAUCAGGUUCCACGACAGCAGCUGGAUCGGGUCCUGUUCCGAGUACACCCAAAAGAAAGAUCACCAAGGACGAGAAGGAGCAGCGGGUGAGGCUGCGGGGGCUCUGCCAGUUCAUGGCCCACCGGGAGUUUGAAGACUUCUUUGAGAACAUGCAUAAAGAGAAACUACUGAGAGCCAAGGUGCGAGAGCUGCAGCGCUACCGACGCAACGGCAUCACGCGUCUGGAGGAGUCCGCUGAAUAUGAAGCGGCAAGGCACAAACGGGAGAAACGCAAGGAGAACAAAAGCGUGGUCACCUCCAAACGGGGCAGCUCGGGAGGCGGAGGGCUCGGCUCCGGGAUGGGCCUCGGUGGCGGAGCUGGAGGUGGUGGAGGCGUCGCUGGAGGGCUGGGGGUCGGAGGCGGGAUCAAAGAAGAGGGCAAAGAUGGAGAGUUCGCCGCCAUCGAGAAUCUGACGGGCUUUGAGCUGCUGUCGGACAGGGAGAAGGUGCUGUGUAACUCUCUGAACCUCAGCCCGGCGCGCUACCUGACUGUCAAAACCAUCAUCAUCAAAGAUCACCUGCAGAAAAGGCAAGGCAUCCCGGCCAAGAGCCGACUGCCCAGCUACCUGGACAAGGUUCUCAAGAAGCGCAUUCUCACCUUCCUCACGGAGAGCGGCUGGAUAUCCCGAGACGCUUCUUAGCGAUCUGACUCUGGUAGCUGAUGUGAGCUUCGGAGGCAGCACAGCGUUUACGGUUUCUUGUCGGGGUGACCUUGUGAAUAUGUAAAGAAACAAAAAGCCCCACUGGAUAAAAGUUCUUAUUUUCAUACAUGGGAAUGGAAUGUGUGGAAUUCAUCCUUGUGGCUCUGUUCAUAAUGUUUCUCCAUGACGAUAGCUACAAUGCUAACACCAGCGGGAGGUGCCAGUUGUUUUAGCGCUACUGAAGGCAUACAUGUUGAAAUAUUACAACAUGUUCAACUGACAACAGGGCAAAAGCCAUUUCAUGCUGAAAAAAGGUCAUACCAGAACAUUUCCUGAAUGAUCUUAGUAAUUAUUUCAGCUGAUAUUACCUAGCUGGUGUCAGAAAUGAUCAAAAGUUGUGGCUUUACGGUCUCUUAAACUGUUCUGUUUGGUGUUUCAUCAGUGGGUAACUUUCCAAAGCAACACCCACUGCUAACGUGAUCAUCACCUGGCCUGGUGUAGCUUCAGAUUGUAGCUGACUGCUGAUAGAUUGGUAUCAGUACAAAGGUUGGCCCUAGAAAUGCCAAAAAACAUGCUGAAAAGGACACAGUCUGUCUUCAGAGGACGCUGCCAUGUUUAUUUUUCAUCUGAAACAAAUCAGUAGACAUCUGUGCUUAAUUACCAAAUUUUUGUAUUUAAUUGAAACCCCUGAAGCCUUUGCGUCAAUUAUUUAAAGUAUGGUUGAAACUGUACGAAUACAGCUUCCCAUGACUUAAAAUAAUUGCAGAAGAUCUCUAUUUUCCGCUCAUACGUUGCCAGAGUUUUGUUUGUUUCAUCUGGCUUUGUGUCUUUCUUCUUCCAGUGUUGCUCUGCUGCCACUUUCUGUCAACAGGCAGUUAAUGGAAACAGUCGAUUAAUUCACAUUUUCUUUUUUGUUUUUGGUGACAUUUCCAAGGUUCACUUUAGAUUUUAAAACUAUAGGAAGCAAGAAGAGGUUUUUGGGUGUGCUUUGCUCUUGUUUUCACUCACAUUUUCACUGCAACAGAAAGUCCUGCAUGGAAACAACAGAAGUGUUAUUAGAAGAAGAGAGAGCUCAGAAUUAUGCACAGGUGUUGUCAAUACUGGGACUGCUUCUGGUUUCACUGCCUGCAGUUCAUCCUAGUUCACUCAGUGGUCACUAAGGCUUCCUGGUUGCACAGAAGAGCAUGGACUUAUUUGAUUUUUGUCACAGAAUUGGCAAAUUUUCACAUCAGCAUGUAGAAUAAAAUGAUGCUGAUUAAAUAUUACCAUUUUCAAGUUGCGGUUCGGUCAGUUUUCCCGACAAAACCAGCACGCCACAGACGAGUAGUUCAAGGACCGCCAGAAAGUUGAGAUUUCUGUUGAGUGCUUUGUUGUUUUGAUGCUUUCUUGCUCUGAUAAAUUGGGUAAUUUUGGCAAUUUAGUGAGGAGGAAAAGCUCCAUAAUCAACCUUUUGUUAUUUAUUGACGUCUAGUUCAGCUGUUCUCCGGCGUUCCUCCUUAUUUAAGUUUCCCGUAUUUACACCAGACUUGACGUCCGCCUUUUGGUCGACCGCUUCGCACGGCUUUGUGAAACCAGAUGUUACCUGCCCCCGUCCUUUGGCAGCCUAUAAUUACUCGCCUUCACUUUGUUGUGAAGGCAGCAGCAGUGACUCAUAACGUGCCAAUGUGCUAUUUACAUGCAAAUUAGAUUAUUGAAUCGGCCAUGUAGAGCUCAGAUACAAGAAGAAAAGCGCUGGUGUGGAUGUUACCUGUGCUGGAAUAAGUGCUGGAUUCAUGUUCUUGUCUUUCAAGAAGUUUCUGCAUUAGGAUUGUCAAUCUGUUACGAGUCUUAUGCAUAUUUCAUUUCACGUGGAGCUCUAAACCAUGUUCAAAACCCUACAAAAAGACCCAACAAUCGCUGAAUCGUACAAACGAGUGUUGCUUUGCACUGGGUGACUCUUUUUCUCGUUUUCUGCUACUGCAGAAUCACCAGAGCUUCAAAUCUGUGUAAAUCCACGGCAGAAAGUAGUCCCCAAAUUUGAACAAUAAUUGCUAAAACUAGGAUAAUAUGGAUAUUUAUGAUGCUCAUGUCUUCCACAGAAAUCCGUGGGUGUCGGAGACAUGUAGUUUUUUCAUGGGAUUUGUUGACCACGAAAAGAUCUUCCUUCUUGCCUCGUUUUUUCGCAAUGAACGCCCCUUUAUCCAAGAGCAGAUUGCUUUUCUACCUGUCUCCAGCAGUCUAGAAUAUGUAGAAAAGCAAUCUAAAAAAAACUUCUAAUCAUUUUCCACCAUUUAUGCUGGAUCCACUCCAGGAAGUAGACGAGUUUUUUAGAGCGUUGCAGCCCACUGCUGAUGCGUUCCUGAUGGAUUUGGGUUUUUGAAGAAGCAGAAAGAGCAUUGCGUUGGUUCUGUACAGUAGAGAUACGAAGCAUUUUUCAAGUUGGACCCAGAAUGUUCUUUGUCUGAUUCCUACCUUUGUGGGUCGUAAUUCAAAGAGAGACUUUUAUUUUGACAUUUUCCUCUGCUUGUGCAACUAAGUGUUCCAGGUUUGGGUUGAAAGGAAAAUUAUUUUUUGUAAAGGGGGGGGGGGGGGGGGGGUUUCGCCUACUUUACCAAAUGUAAAUAAUUUUGUAAGAUCAUUUUGGGGGGGGAAAUAUAAUUACUGACCUGUGAAAUGUACAGUAUUUUGUGUCAUGGAAUUUUUUUUUAUAGCUUUUGUAAUAAAAAAAAAAGUUUUUGGAUUUAAAAGAAGCAGCGUUUUGUGCGGCUUUGGUUCUCGUCAUGGCAUGCUGUUGAGCCGUCGUACAUCCUGUCGAGCUGUUGUGCUGUUCCAUUACUUCAUUGUUCAACCUGACAAGUAUGGAGAUGUAUUAAAAGUGCAACUACUUUAUA